AGCGGGACCGGGACAGCGGGACCGGGACAGCGGGACCGGGACAGGCCAUGGCCCCGCACCCGCCCAGCGCCGGGCACUACCUGCGCUCCGACAGCGGCGGCUCGGAGGCGCCCAUGCUGGCCGAGGGUCCCGGUCCCGGCCCCGCUCCCGGUCCGGACGGAGGCCCCGGUGCGGUGCGGGGGCAGCGGCGGCGGCGGUGCGGUCCCCUGUGGGGCAGCGUGGCUGUCAUGGCCAUCCUGGCAGUGCAGAUCGCCUCCACCACCGUCCUCUUCGUCUACUUCACCAUGGCCAUCUCCAAGCUGAAAUCCCAGGCUCCAGGGAGUGCGGAGGAGCUGCGGUGUCUGCAGAUGCUCAAUCAGCAGCCCGAGGGCUCCAGCCUGGAGGAGCUGAGCAGCAGCCAGACCUGCCUCAAGCUGGCCAGCACCAUCAAAGCCUAUGUGGCCACGGUGACAGAGAACAUCCUCCGCAGGAGCGCGGUGAAGGAGGCCCGGCGGAGCUUCUUGAACACCUCAGAGGGGCAGGUUCCUCCCAAAACAGCCGGGAAGCCCUCGGCACAUCUCACCCUCCGCCCGCAGAGCCUGAGCCAGGAUGGAGUCUCGGAGCGCUUCGGGAACCUGUCGCAGUCGUGCCGCCAUGCCAUCACGCGCUGGGAGCACAGCACCCUGCACUCCCACCUGCAGAACAUCACCUACCGCGACGGGCGGCUGCGGGUCGAGCAGCCGGGCAAGUACUACGUGUACUCCCAGAUCUAUUUCCGCUACCGCAGCGCCGGCGCCCAGGACUCGGGCCCGCAGCUCGUGCAGUGCAUCCAGUGGCAGCCCUCCCACAGCCAGCCCAUCCUGCUGCUCAAGGGCGUGGGCACCAAGUGCUGGGCGCCCGAGGCGGACUACGGGCUGCACGCGCUCUACCAGGGCGGGCUCUUCGAGCUCAAGGCCGGCGACGAGCUCUUCGUCUCCGUGUCCUCCUUGGCCAUCGACUACAACGACGCAGCCGCCAGUUACUUCGGGGCCUUCCGGCUCGACCUGUGACACCCCCUCUGCUCCCACCUGCCCGCUGGCUCUCCCACGUGGCCCCGGGGACAGCGGCCCAAUGGCCGGGGGGUGGCACAGGGUCCUUCCCGGUGUGCCUUGUCCUUUGCGGUGAGGGACGAGCCAGAGAGGGCACGAGGAAAGGCCCUCUGCAGGGACCUGCUGGGCUUGGGGCCACCAUCCAGGUGGGAGGAAGCCUGAGAGCCUGGAAGGGUCCCCAGGGACCUACAGGGGACAUGCACGAUGGGAGAUAUCCCAGCCCUGGUGGCACAUCACCUCCCAGGGGCUCCCUGCAGCAGGAGGGGCACCAGGGCCACGUCCACCCUGGCAAGACAUGGCAAGGCACGGUGUCCCCAUGAUGGGGUGGCCCUCCAUGAGUCUGACCCCACCUCGGGCAGGGGCAGCCCCAGCUGGGCUGUGGGUGCCAGGGACCCUGGGCUGGAGGUGCUGGGGCAGCAGCUGGGGUGAGCAGGGGCACAGAGGACACAGGGCUGGCACACCCAGGGCACGGCCUGCGGGGAAAGGAGCGAUGGAGUUUCGGUUUGGGCAGAUCAGAAACCUGGGGCCACGCCAGCGAUGGGCUCCGGGGAGGGCAAAGGGCAGGACCGUGACAGCAGGGCAGUCACCAGCCCGGCACCACACCCGGCACGUGGCACUGGGCAGUGCGGUGCCCCAGCCAGGCUGCACGGGACCAGGAGCUCCAUCACUGCUGCCCAAGCACCUCUUCCCCGGGGGAUUUGUCCCCCCAGCCCUGAGGGACCAGCGCAGCCCCCACUUCCUCACCCCUGCAGCCCUGGCAGUCCCUCACCUGCAGGAUUCCAGCACCGGGAGAGCCCGGGCAGGACCUGGGAGGGACCAAACCCACCCCAGGAGAUGGAGGCCAAAGAGGGCUUCGGGCAGGGCCCAGCUGGCUCAGCCCACGGACACCAGGGUGGGCAAAGCCCCUUUUUCUAAUUACCCCUGUACUCUCUGUAUCCUACUAAGACUGUGGGUGUGUAUGGACAGGACAGGAGUGGGGGCUCCUGCCAAGGAUGGGUGCUCCCAGGAAGGAUGGGAUCACCCCCAUGGCUGGCACGGCUGCGGGGGGCUCUCAGUGCUGGUUGGAAUAAAGCCUGUACUCCA